GGCUGCAAGAAUACCACCUUACAGUACCUACCUUACCUACCUAGCUAGCUAGCACCUACAAGCAAGCACGUGCUCGGCACAGGCCACAUCAACCACAAAUCCACUGCAGCUCUGGUGCAGCUUUACACCACUACACCUUUGGUCCCCACUGCAUGCGCCAGACACCUAGGCACACAUACAUACUGUCCGCAGGUACCUAGGUACCUUACCUUACCUUAGCUGGUCUCAGCUGUAAUCUGCCAGCUUGCAGUUGUGCAUUUGCUAAGUACAUCAAUACAACUCUACCAGGGCAUUCAACAAGCCUACGGUGAACAUCAGAAGAGCGGUCCGAUGGAGCUUUUUCGGGACGCCACUAACUAGCUCUAUCUCCAACAACGUUGUCGCUCAUUACUUAUUCGCACGCCCACCCAUCGAUCAACUCCAUCCGCGCCCGGGCCUUGACCGCCUCGAUAGCGAUCCACAUCUACAACCCACCCACCCACGCCCGCCCGAACUAGAUCUUCAAGACAAAUCAUCAAACCGGCGGUCACCCACCUCUGCUCGCUUACCAACGACCCGAGCUUGCAAAGUAGCUCCGGAACGUUUGGACGCCUUGUCACUUGUCACUCAACCACCGCUAGGAGAAACGAUCCUUCGCCCGUCCACUAACCACACCGAGCACAGCUUUCCGUACAGCUCGACGACAACCCGUGACUCGGCGACGAACCCCCAUCCCGGCGGACCCUCUCUAGACACAGAGGAGCUAUAUCCACCACAAAAAGCUGUCGCUUUGCUGCUUGCGCGCGAGGUCAGCUCUGCCCUCAAGGCGCGCGGCCCAGCGUAUGGUAGCUACGCACUCUAGCAGAUAAAAAAGAAGAAGAAAAGGAAAUUGCCCGCCAUGUUGUGGCUAUUCCAAGCGCUGUUUAGCAUCGUCUUUCUCCUGAGCAUCGUGCUCUCGAUACCCAUCUGCUUCGACGUCGGCGGUCGCGAUGCCGGCUUAGCAUACAGCUUAUCCCUGUUUGUGUUUUACCUCUUCUACUCGGCCGCCAAGCUCGCGACGCCAGACAAUUCGCGAUUCCGACGCGCCCUCACCGAGUUAAUACGGCUGUCGCAAUGGGUCGUCAUCCCUGGACUGCUCAUCUGGUCCCUGAACCGCUUCUCGGUUGACGAGGCCCUGCUGGACGCGGCGCAAAGCCACGGCCAUGGAUCCGGAGAUUGGGUCAGGCGCGCAUGGUUCGGCCACGACACUGUGGCCCAGCCUGCCGCACCCGCGGCGACGAACUUCCACGACUGGUUUUUUGGAUCCAAGGGGGUUUUGGAGUCCAUGUGGCUGGGAAGUUGGGACAGGGGCUUGAGCUACUCGAGUCCUCUUUUCCAGCUAUGCGAAGGAUUUUGCACCGUUCUGGUCAUCCAGGCUGCCGGGCAGAUGACGAGAUGGCUGGUGAACCGUGGCCGCAGUGACACUUGGGUGAUUGUCCUUUUGGUCAUAUCGAGCUCCAUCCUGACGAGUGCCGCCUAUUUCUUGUGGAGGAUUAUGAAGUUUCCACAGAUCAACAACAUUGACGCGACUCUGAUUGGUGUUACCAUCACUUCAGCGGUGUUUUUGGGCGCAUACGGCAUUAGUAGUGGGCGGGGCAAUCCGAUCGAGUCCGCACUUCUGUUUGCAUAUGUCGUUCUCUGCGUCUACCAGAUUUUCACCGACUACAUGCCCUCGGACCCGGCGGCCGCCGAGGCUUUGGCAGCUGCCCAAGCUGCUCAGCAGCCCGAAUUCCCGCCAUUACCGCCCUUUAUUAUGGCAUCUUGGUCGACCCUGCGGCACAUGCUGGCCAGCCUCCCAGAGGCAUUUAACGUAUCUUUUACCUUCCUCUACGCUGCGUUCCAAACCGUCACGCCCUCGGUCAUCAUCUCGUUGGCGUACCGCAUCACCGUCUUCUACUGCGCCACCCGCAUAAUACCCGCUGUUCGCGAAUCUGGAACCAAUGCCUUGAUGGCGGACCCGGAACUGUACGGGGACUCGUCAGAUGGGGCGACCAAGCUCCUAAGUGUGCUGUCAUGGUUCUCGCCAUCGAUACUCAUCGCCGUCUACACAAGCUUGCUACUACAACACUUUACUGUAGCUGCCGACAGCGAUAUUGGAUGGACCCUUACAGCAGGUGACAUCGGCGGAAACCCCUGGCGCUGGGUCAAUGUUGGUGCGACUAUGCUCAUGUAUUCUCUGGAACUUUACCUGGGCGAUGAUGAGCCGGCAGCACAUUGGAAGAGCGACUAGGUGGAAAAACUGGAUUCACCCAUUGUCCCAUCCCUCAGGUUUAAGUACCGCUCAGGGCCAAGGAAACGUGAUGCUCUGCGCAUUAUACACAGAGGCAGCUCUAGCUGUUGCACAUGCUGACCUCUAAAAAAGAUUUGCUCCCUCUACCUGUAUCCACGAGGUCGAGCCCAUCCGCCUUCCACCUCAUAUCAGGUUGGCGGCUAUUAUCCGGCAGAUUCAUUUCCUUUGUCACUACAUACACUGCAAGGUCAGAGUUCUAGCGCAUAACAGCUAAACUCCCACUCACACAUAUAUCACCUCAUCCACUCCCAGAACUCAUGCUUUUCUUUACGGCCCCAAAUGACGACUUGGUGGGGCCACUUGAAUAUACCCUUUACUGGUGGAUCUCUGCUCUUUCAUUAUUCGACUGUGGUUCAUCUGGGGCUCCUUUUUUUUCUGACGGCAAGGCAAAAAUCGGAAUAAAUGCUAUUGUGAAUAGGCACACAGCAAGGCGUUAAUCUUUCAUGUUUGUUGGGCUUUGGUGGACUUGUGCUUGUUUCUUUUCUUUUACUGCUCGUACCGGAAUGGUAUGAACUUUUUGUUUAUUCGGAGGGUCGGCUCUGCCGGUUGUUUCUUCUUCCCCAUAUGGCGUGGCAUUAGUCUAGUGGCCUGGCGAGGCCGGGGGGGGGGGGUGUUUCGAGACGAAGGCGGGAAACGCAUUUUAUCCAAAACAUGAACUCCAACCUAACUGGCUCCCCCUUACACCGAUGUCCAUUUUCGUGAUUUUGAUGCUGAUGCUGAUGCAGGCGUGAGUGCGGGGGACAGGCAGCAAUGCUUGACCAUCUUGC